AAUCGCUGUUUUUAUAUAUAGGUAAGGUGGAAACUAAUGCGUGGUCAUUGAUACCGGAGCAACUGAGCUUACAAGUUAACAGUUCAGCUUCAACCGAUUCUACAAAGAAAAUUCAAUUGCUCAACUUCUCAGAAAGACCUCUGGACUUCGAGUUCAUUUGGCCUGCUCAUUGUGUUGCUGUAACACCACACGCUGGAACAAUUCCACCCAAGAGUCAAAGUAUCAUCAAUAUUAGUGCCUGGGCAACCAUUUUGAAGUCCGGUGUCAUUUUACCGUGGUCUGGUACAGCCUACGUUAACUGUGAUGGAAUUAAAAAGGCCAUAGCUAUCCAAAUUCACAAUACUCUCGUCAACGAUAACUCUCCUGCUCCAAGUGUUAUAAAUAAACCGCUGACCAUAGAGAUGCAGUCGAGAGAAGAUCGAAAAUCUUCGAGAUUAUCACAAACUUGCACUGCGUUUGUAAAGCCCAUGAAACAGGUCCAGCUAUUGAGCAUAACGCCGACUCUCAUUGAUUUUGCAGAAGUUGAAGUCAAUAAAGCCUCUUUUUCAUCCGUUACGAUUGAAAAUAUCUCGGCUUCGUCUCUAAGAUGGAAAAUAUCUUCGUUUGCACCGGCUUAUGCCAAGAUGUCUGGCACAGACGAAGAAUUGCUUCGUGCCAACUAUCCAGUGUUUAAUUUUUCCGUACAAAGUGGCUUUAUACGACCAAAUCAGAUAGUGAAGGUUGACAUCGAGUUUCGUGCUAGAGAUGCUGGUGAUUAUUGUCAAAUAUGGGAUUGCCAGACGAACCCAGAAAGUCCUUUGACAUCAACGAAAAUCAAAUUUGAGUUAUCGGGAAAGGCUGUAAUAAAGAAAAAAAUACUAGGAAAAGUCGAAAAGGACAAGGAAAAAAGGUCAAAUGUUGCACUGGUGUCGAAGCGAGGCUCUUUACCAGAGAUACCAUCCAAAGACGUCAAGACAUCCGAUAAUGGAAAGCCGAAACUUUAUUUUCGAUGGGAGAGUAUCAAGUUCCCUGACACAGCUGUCGGACAAACUAGUGUAGCGGAGUUGAAACUUUGCAAUAAAUCAUCAAAUAUCCACCAAUUUAGGAUAACACAACCAUCUCUUCCAUUCUACCUAAAAUCGACGACUUUAAAGUCAAAACCAUCGUUUUAUAUGAAGAUUCCCGCUUAUUUUUCACCACAACAGGCCGGCAAGUAUUAUGAAUCCAAGGUGAUAUUUGAAAAUUUGGAAUCAUCUCAGCACACGCUCGCAGUAACGUUGCGUGGAAACAGUGUGUAGAUCAUUAUUAU